CUACGUACAUGACCCACGUGCACUCAAAGUCUGAAAGUUAAGUGUACAUGUAUGUGUGAUUUUAGUUGAACCGGAAAAAAAAAAUGGAAGAACAACCGAAGGCUACUACUACUAAACGAAAACGAGUCGCCAAAAAUCGGAAGAAAGCAUGGAGAAAACACUCCAAUAUACAAGAUGUAGAAGAGUUUUUGGAAGAGCAAAGGCAACAGAUGCGGACAGGAGGUUUGGCAUCAGAGAAGUCGGAUCAAGACCUGUUCUUUGAGGACAAGGAUGCUGGGAAACUCAUCAGGACAAAAUCAGGCAAGAAGAGAGGUCCAAUCCAGCUGAAGGUGGACCGACGUCUUCGCCCAGAUCCCCGAGUCCCACCCGUGCCAAAAGCAUUUCCCCGAAAAAAUAAGAGGUCGAGCAAGCGCAUCUUGGAGAUGCGAGCUAAGGAGAGUCAAGGAGUCAUCGGUGCCAACAAACAAAGGAGGCUAAAGCAGUCAGAAGAACAGCGCUCAUUGUAUCAGGAGACAAGACAAAAGGAAAAAAAGAGGCAAGAGGUGGGACAAGCAACCUACGAUAUCUGGGGUGAGGAUGCAACCAAGGUGAUCAAGAAGGGUGGCAUUGAGGCUGACGAGCACUUCCUGAGGGAGACCAAGAAGAAACCAAAAAAGCUUCCGCCCAGGUACCAAGACAAACCGAGUAAACUUCCUGCAGUAGAGAUCAUAGCUCCUGGUGCAUCUUAUAAUCCAUCACUUGAAGAUCAUCAGGAUCUAGUCAAUGCGACCUACGAAAUAGAACUCAAGAAACAGAAGGAUGAGGAGAGAUUAGAACGAUGGCACAAGAUCCCCAAACUCAGCGCUAAGCAAGUACAGGAAACCUACAUUGAUGAGAUGUCAGCUGGUCUCUUCGCAGAGGAGGCAGAUCAAGGGGUGGAGCCCGAGACGACAAAAGGGGAGGCAGAGGGCGUCCUCCCAAACCCACCAACAACCUUUGAGAAUCGUAAAACCAAGAAACGGAAACGAAAGGAGAAAGAACUCAAGGAAAAGGAGAAACAAGUCAAGGCGGAGAAGUUGCAGAGAAUACGACAGAAUGAGGUGUACCGGCUGCGCAGCAUCGCUAAGGAGAUUUCUGAGAAGGACGCACAGUUUGAGGCGGAGAGGAUGAAACGCGAGCAGAGACAGAAAGAGAUGGAGAACGUGCCACGAGCCGUCGGACAUCACAAAUUGGAGGAAGAACCCAUGGUGAUCAAGCUGAGUGAUGAACUCGUGGGGAGUCUACGAGAACUCAAGCCAGAGGGGCAUCUUCUCAGGGACAGAUACAAGAGUUUCCAGAAGAGGAACAUCAUUGAAGCAAGAACGUGGAAGCGGGGCCAAAAGGCACAGUACAAGGAGUAUGAGAAGAAAUCGCAUAAGGAAAUCACGGCCUAGACACGAAAAGAGGGGUCAAUAACCUGAAUUAGUCAUCAGAAACGCACGUCCUAGGAGGACCCAAGGACAGAGAGCACGGAUUCAAAUUGAAGUCAGGGUACUAUCAAGGGUUCGACCUUAACUAUUUUGUUUACUAGCCUGCCGGGCUACUGAAACAGACUUUUAACUAGCCCUCGAGCAUUUUUAAACCGCAUGUUUUUUUCUUUAAAAGAGUGUCUCAUAAACAACAAUGUGCAUACAUGUAAAAUGUGUAUAGAGCCUGAAAGUUGAUCCCUGGUGGCACGCUUCAGGUCCCCGCGAAAAGGAAAAUUAACGUGUUAAAAUCAAGAGUUUUUAAAAUUAGUUUUGAUAUAUUGAUUUCUUUAAAAAAAAUCACCCUCGAAAUUUUAUGGAAACUGAAAAAUCGCAUGAUGUGAAAGAGACAUAUUGUGCCAAAAAUUGACCUGUCACAUCCAAACACGUCCAUGUAGUUCAAGUCAGUUUUGUCAGUGUUUUUAAUAAACAGAUCUUAUAAUUUAACCCUUUAAACCAGUUGAAAAAAUUAUACACAAAUUUAUACAGGUUUGAUUUUUGAAUUUAAUGAUUUAUUUCUUCAUAUCCUUUCAUCUUUGCCGUAUUCCAAUAAUUUUUUUGAGUCGCCAGCCGGGCUACUUAAGGAAUAGUUUGACUAGCAUGCCGCUGUUUUGACUAGCAUGUGGCUAGCGGGCUACUGCUAAUUUCGAACCCUGUAUUAUCCCUCCCCAGACUGCCUAAUUUUACCCACAGCAUUGUUGAAAUCAAUGGGAAUCCAAGUUCAACAUAAGCAGGAAGCUAACCCAAGUUUAACAUACUUGGAACCCAUGUUCAACUUAAUUGGAACCCAUGUUCAACAUAGUUGAAAGCCACGUUCAACAUUGUUGGAACCCACGUUCAACAUAGUUGGAACCCAUUUUCAACAUAGAUGGAACCCAAGUUCAACAUAGUUGUAACUAACGUUCAACAUAGUAAGAACUUAAGUACAACAGAGUUGGAACCCAUGUUCAAAAUAGUUGGAGCCAAAGUGCAACAUAUUUGGAACCCAAGUUAAACAGAGUUGGAACCUAAUUUCAACAUAGUUAAGACUCCAAGGUUCCAAGUCAGCAGGAACCCAAGUUGUACACCAUUUACAUGUUUGUAAGAACCGAGAACCUAGGUUUCUUUUCAGAAUUUGUACUUCUGCCCUUCUGCGCUGACGAUGGGAGAAUAUGUCGUUAUCAAGUCUUACAAAUAGAAGAGUUAAGAUAGAUUUAAGGCUAUCCCUGACAAAGCAGAGAGACUCUGAUAAGGUGAUAUUGUGACUUUUCGAAUUAAUGCAGACAAAAUUUACAGUUAUUUAACCGUCUUCUUUAUUUUUGAUCGAUUACAUUUGAUCAAAUGUAUGCAAUCUUGUGUGUAUAAUUAAAAUUCCUGGUAUGCAUUGAACAGAAUGAUUC